AUGUCAUCGAAUGUUUCGAUUCAGAAAACGGGACUAGUGGCAGUAUAUCUAUUAGACUCGUCUUGUUCUGGUGACGAACAAGUGGCGUCGUUGAAGAAGCACACUCGGUACAUAAUUGAUUACGAUAAAACGUUCAAUACCGUUGAACCAUGUGAAGAGUUCAUACGUUCUGUCCGAUAUGAACGAAUCUUUCUAAUUGUUACUCCUAUACUAUUAACACGUGUUUUCCAACAGAAUAUCCAUGAAAUUCGCCAUGUUCAAGAAAUUUUUAUUUUCGAUCCGCUUAAAACAAUCACCUGCAUCAAUACUAUCAAGUGCUUAUCGUAUAAAAUUCAAGAUGUUUUCAGUUCAUCUAAUGCGUUAGUACAAUGUCUAUGGGCGAGUGUCAAAGAAUGUGCGAAUAAAUCAGACAUUCGUCUUUCUUCAUUAGCAAACUGUUCGAUUGAUGCGACAACGAAUGUGAUUAACAAUUUUGCUGACCUGUCGGAAUAUUGGUAUCCGUUGUUUAUCGAUUUUCUCAUGUCAGAAUCAGUGAUGACUGAUGAUAUUGCUCAUUUUAUUCAUCAAUGUCGUUUACAUUUCUCUCGAAAUCCUGGCGCUCUGAAACUAAUUGACGAUUUCGAAAAAAACUAUGACUCUACCUUCGCACUCUCGUAUUACACACGCGAUGGUUUCAUCUACCGUAUUGUUAAUCGAGCACUUCGCCGGCAAACUAUUGAAGGUACGUUAGACCUUCGCUUUUUUCUUCGUAAAGUUCACAAAGAAUUGCAAUCUGCUUAUACUUGGUUUGAAUCCCAUUAUACUGUUGGACAAUGGAUGACCUUCUUCCGCGGCCAACGCAUGUCCGCCGAUGAACUAAACAAACUAAAGAAAAAAAAACACGACGGCACGUUGAUUACGAUAAACAGCUACUUUUCAACCAGUCUGGUCCGUGAAAUAGCUCUUGUGUUUGCUGGUGCACCAGGAAUAGACGCCAUACCGAUCCUUUUCGAAAUUCGAGCACAAUUCAAAGAUCCGCAAAUCCAACGAUUGAAACCAUUCGCAUAUAUUGGCCAAUUUAGUAAAUACGGAGAUGGAGAAUCGGAAGUUCUCUUUUCUGUUGGUUCGUUUUUUAAAAUCGAUAAUAUUAUUUAUAAUGAGUCUGAAGGUGUUCAGCUAGUCCAAAUGACAUUUAUUGACGAAAACGAAGACGAAAAGUUCGUAGUAAUCGAAGACUUUCGAGCAUUGCGAGCAUGUCCAUCUGAAAUCGCAUUGAUGAAAAUUGGUAAUUUACUUUCGUAUGAUCAAUCUCAAGGUUUAACUCAAGCAGCAACUUUUUACGAGACUAUAAUCAAUCGAAAUUUUUCACCAACUUUCACGAAGAAAAAAAGCGAAGGUCUAACGUACCUUCAAUAG